AUGGACGAAACUUCAUCAAAUAACGAUGAUUUUCUUAAUAAUUUCUAUAAUAACAACAAAAAUUCGACGAUGUUUGUUCAAAGAGAUCCAAUGAAUCAGGUAAUUGAAAAUUGCUGAAAAUCAAGUUUUUCAUGAUUUUCAGCACAAAAUUCCGACCAGGAAACUUUUUUAGAUGAAAAAGUCUGAAAAUUUUCAAAAGUAUAUAAUUUCAGGUUGAAAAAAUGUUUCUAGACCCAAAUUUUGUGCUGAAAAUGCUGGAAUUAUUAGAAAUAGCCGAAAACCAAUAAUUUCAGCUUUUUCAGCACAAAAUUUCAGCCUAGAAACAUGUUUUUCUACAGUAAUCCGGUUGAUCCAUUUUUUUUUGGAAUUUUUGGCACAAUUUUCUACAGUAUCAUUUGAUGUUCCUAAGCUGAAAUUUUGUGCUAAAAAAGCUGGAAUUAAUGAUUUUCAGCUAUUUUCAGUAUUUCCAGCGUUUUCAGCACAAAAUUUGGCACAGGAAACUCUUGAAAACCUACUGUAGAAAAUUGUGCCAAAAGUUCCAAAAAAAUGGAUCAACCAGGUAACUGUAGAAAAUAUCUUUUUGGGCCCAAAUUUUGUGCUGAAAAUGAUGGAAUCGCUGAAAAUCAGUGAUUUCAUCAGUUUCAGCACAAAAUUUCAGCCGGAAAACUUUUUUGUUUGAAAAAAUCUGAUUUUUUUCGGCUCUAGGCAUAUUUGGUCUCAAAAAAUCCCAAAUUUUCGCGCCAAAAACUACAGUACCCAUUGCUCAGGUUCAAUUCGAUCAACAAUUCGAUUACGCGAAGCCGAAAACUGAAAAUUCUCUGAAAAAACGUCUGAAAAAAUUCGCGCGCCGCUAUUAUGAGCCUUUCACCUCCUUUCAAUUGUUCAAAUGUUUCGUGUUGGAUUUGUUUCCGAUCUUCAAAUGGCUUCCGAACUAUAACAUCAGGGCGAAUUUGUUGGCGGAUUUUGUGGGUGGUGUGACGGUUGGUGUGAUGCAUGUUCCACAGGGUGAGUUUGGAAAUUGAAUUUGGAGCAUUUUGAGAUCAAAUACGGUGUAAACGCGGAGUGUCGUAGUUUUUGAGCUUUUCUGGGGCCAAAACUCGUGGUUUUUGACACGGUGUAAACGCGGAGUAUCGUAGUUUUUCAUUUUUCGAGCAAAAAAUUCAAAUUCUCAGAAGAACCGCAUUUUUCACUAGUGUAAUUGCGGAGCAUCGUAGUUUUUCGAAAUUUGUGCAGUGUUAACCGCGGAGUGUCGUAGUUUGAACUCUUUUCAAUCAAAUUUUCUCAAAAACCGCAUUUUUCACACGUCGUCAUUGCGGAGUGUCGUAGUUUUCACUAUUUUCAAUCAAUUUUUCUCAAAAAACGCAUUUUUCACACAGCGUAAACGCGGAGCAUCGUUGUAAAUCCCAAAAAAUUUUUUUGCAGGAAUAGCCUAUGCUCUUUUGGCUCAACAACCUCCAAUAAAUGGCCUAUACGCUUCCCUGAUUCCACCACUGAUCUAUAUGUUUUUUGGAACUUCAAAACAAUCCAGCCUGGGAACAUUUGCUGUAACUUGUUUGAUGACUGGAAUUGCAGUCGAGAAUAUUCGAGAAAAAUAUGAAAAUGUGUCAGCGGAAGAAGUUGCAGCAACUAUUUCGCUGACUAUGGGAUUGAUUUUGGUGGGAAAUUUUGGAAUUUUGAAAAAAAUUUGGGGUUUUUUGACACCCCAUAAGCCAAAUUUUGCGCUGAAAACGCUGAAACCAUUGAAAAUUGCUGAAAAUCGCUGCUUUUCAUGAUUUUCAGCGCAAAAUUUCAGCCAGGAAAAUUUUUUGAAUGGAAAAUUCUGAAAGUUGUAUAGUUGGACAACGGCUCGGCUCAAGCUGCUUCAAAGCGGCUCGGCUCAAGCCGCUUUCAAUAAAAAAAUUGAAAGCGGCUAAUCGGCUAUUUUUCAAGCCGUUUUGGUCAGCCGAUUAGCCGAAUGAUUUAGCCGAGCCGCUUUGAUUCAAAGCGGCUCGGCUCGGCUUGGAGUGAAUUUUUGAAAUUAUCAGGAAAAUGAAGUUAAGAUAAUUUAUUAAUGGGUUUUGGGGUUUUUUGGUACGGGGAACAUCGUGGUGGGACCCAUUUUACCUAAAAGUGACUCUUAAAGGCAUGUUGUCACCAAAAAAAUUUUUUUUUUGAAAAUUUUAGAUUUUGGGUUUUUCGGUACGGGGAACAUCGUGGUGGGACCCAUUUUGGAUAAAAAUGACUCUUAAAGACAUGUUGGGACUAAAAAAAAAUUUUUUUUGAAAAAUUCAGAUUUAGGGUUUUUCGGUACGGGGAACAUCGUGGUGGAACCCAUUUGGUCUAAAAAUGAGUUUUAAAGGCAUUUUGUCAUCAAAAAAAAUUUUUUUUGAAAAUUUUAGAUUUUCGAUUUUUCGGUACGGUAUGUCCCCGUGCUCUAUAAGCAAUUUUCAAAAACAUUUUUUAGUGACAAAAUGCCUUUAAAACUCAUUUUUAGACCAAAUGGGUUCCACCACGAUGUUCCCCGUACCGAAAAACCCUAAAUCUGAAUUUUUCAGAAAAAUUUUUUUUCAGUCCCACCAUGCCUUUAAGAGUCACGUUCAAAUCAAAUAAGUCCCACCACGAUGUUCCCCGUACCAAAAAACCCUAAAUCUGAAUUUUUCGAAAAAAAAUUUUUUUUAGUCCCAACAUGCCUUUAAGAGUCAUUUUUAUCCAAAAUGGGUCCCACCACGAUGUUCCCCGUACCGAAAAACCCAAAAUCUGAAAUUUUCAAAAAAAAUUUUUUUUUAGUCAUAACAUGCCUUUAAGAGUCACUUUCAAGUCAAAUGGGUCCCGCCACGAUGUUCCCCGUACCAAAAAACCCCAAAACCCAUUAAUAAAUUAUCUUAACUUCAUUUUCCUGAUAAUUUCAAAAAUUCACUCCAAGCCGAGCCGAGCCGCUUUGAAUCAAAGCGGCUCGGCUAAAUCAUUCGGCUAAUCGGCUGACCAAAACGGCUUGAAAAAUAGCCGAUUAGCCGCUUUCAAUUUUUUUAUUGAAAGCGGCUUGAGCCGAGCCGCUUUGAAGCAGCUUGAGCCGAGCCGUUGUCCAACUAUAGAAAGUUGGAAUUUUUUGACAUCCCAUAAGCCUUUGAGGUCGAAAAAAUGUUUCUAGACCCAAAUUUCGUGCUGAAAACGCUGAAAUUGCUGAAAAUCACUGAAAAUCAAGCUUUUCAUAAGUUUCAGUACAAAAUUUCAGCCAGGAAACUUUCUUAGCUGAAAAUAUUUGAAAAUUUUCGAAAACUUUUGAUUUUAGGUCAAAAAUAUGUUUCUAGACCCAAAUUUUGUGCUGAAAACGCUGGAAUUGCUGAAAAUUACUGAAAAUCAAGCUUUUUAUGAGUUUCAGCGCGAAAUUUCAGUCAAGAAACUUAUUAGGUUGAAAAAAAUCUUAAAAUUUGGGGUUUUUGACACCAUAAGCCUUUCAUGUCAAAAAUAUAGUUCUAGAUCAGAAUUUUGCCCUGAAACUCAUGGAAUUGCUGAAAAUUACUGAAAAUCAAGCUUUUUAUGAGUUUCAGCGCAAAAUUCCACCCGGGAAACUUUUUUUGGUUGCAAAAAUAUGAAAAUUUGGGGUUUUUUGACACCCCAUAAGCCUAGCAGGUCAAAAACAUGUUUCUAAGCCCAAAUUUUGCGCUGAAACCGCUGGAAUUGCUGAAAAUCGCUAAAAAUCAUGCUUUUCAUGAGUUUCAGCACAAAAUUUCAGUCAGGAAACUUUUUUAGCUGAAAAUAUCUGAAAAUUUUCAAAAAUUUUUAAUUUCAUGUCAAAAAUAUAGUUCUAGAUCAGAAUUUUGCGCUGAAACUCAUGGAAUUGCUUAAAAUCACUGAAAAUCAAGCUUUUCAUGAGUUUCAGCGCAAAAUUUGGGUCUAGAAACAUGUUUUUCUACAGUAAUCCGAUUGAUCCAUUUUUUCGGAAUCUUUGGCACAAUUUUCUACAGUACCUUUUGAAGUAUUCCCCGACCCAAAUUUUGUGCUGAAAACGCUGGAAAUCCUCGUUUUCAGCAAUUUUUCCAGUUUCAGCACAAAAUUUCAGCCCAGAAACUAUUUUGGAAGCUUCUAGUCAUAUUCGGUGUCAAAAAAUCGCAAAUUUCGCGCGCAAAACCUACAGUACCCCCUGAAUUUUUGCAGUUCUUGAUGGGAGUCAUGCGCCUUCAAUUUCUCACCACCUAUCUAUCAGAUCAAGUCAUCGCCGGUUUCACCACGGGCUCCUCAAUCCACGUGUUGAUCUCACAGCUCAAGACACUUUUGGGCCUGCGCGGCCUACCGAAACAGGCCGGGCCGCUCUAUUUGUUCCGCCACCUGCGCGAUUUGGUUGCGGCAAGCGGACAGGUGAAUGCGGUGUGUUGCGGAAUUUCCGCAGCCACAAUUUUGGUACUGUUUUGCGGAAAACAAUUUGUGAAUCCAUUCAUCAAGCGGAAAUUUCGAGUCGAUAUUCCGAUUCCUUGGGAAUUGAUUGUGGUGAGUGUUUUUCCGCAUGCUUCCGCUUCCGCCAACGCGGAAAAUCUGGGUUACUGUAGAUUUUUCGCGCUGAAAUUUGGAUCGUUUUGAGACCAAAUAUGACUAGGUUUAGGAUUACUGUAUGAUUUUUUUUUGAAUUAAAAAAAAAAUUUUUUUUGGCUAUAGGAUUACUGUAGAUUUUGGAUCUACAGUAACCCUGAAAUUUCGAGAUUAUUGUAGAUUUUUUGCCUAUAGGAUUACUGUAGGAUUUCUUAGCGCGAAAAUCGAAAAUUUGAAAUUUCCCUUUUUUUUGAAGAUCGAAUAACCCUAGGAUUACUGUAGGUUUUGGGAAACUACAGUAACCCUGAAAUUCUCAGAUCUACAGUAACCCGCGAUUUUUUGGCUUCAAAAAUUUAUAGGCUCCUGGUUUUUGGAAUCUACAGUAACCCAAACUUUCCUGAUCUACAGUAACCCAGCGAAAAAAUUGUUUCAAAUUGAAAUCUUCCUGAAAACUACAGUACCCAGACCUACAGUAAUCCAAAAUCCACGUUUUUUUCAAAAAAAUAUGUUUUUGACACCAAGUUUUCGAGCUACAGUACUCUGAAAAUGUGCUGAUCUACAGUAAUCCUAACCUACAGUAACCUUUGGCUUAUUUAUAUUCAAAAAACGUGGAUUUUUCGCGAUCUACAGUACUCCCAAUCUACAGUAACCCAAGUCAUAUUUAAAUUUUAAAAAACUGCAAAUUUUCAACACAGUAGCCUACAGUAUCCCUGAAAAACGUGGACUUUUCGGGCCAAAACUUUGAUCUACAGUAAUCCUAAGCCUAGGCUUGUUUGGUCUCAAAAAACGUGGAUUUUUUCGCGCCAAAUUUUGAUCUACAGUAACUUUAGGCCUAAGCCCAAGCCCAGGCUCAUUUGGGCUCAAAAAAUCCCAAAUUUUCCAGGUAAUCCUCUCAACUCUCUUCGUAUUUCUCACGCGCCUCGACAUCACCGCAAAUCUCAAAACAGUCCAACAAAUCCCCAUUGGCCUACCAUCAUUUUCGGCCCCAAAAUUCGGCCUAAUUCUAAAAGUCCUCCCGGAAACCAUUCCAAUAACAAUUGUCGCAAUCUCAGUUUGGUUGUCAAUUUCGAAAAUGUUGGCCAAAAAAAUGGGCCAUGAUUUGGAUUCGGGCCAAGAAUUGUUUGCGUUGAGCUUCACCUCAAUCAUCUCAAGCUUCUUCCCAACUUUGCCCGUUUCUUGUUCACUUAGCCGAACUCUUGUGGCUCUUGGAGCUGGGGUCGUAUCGCAAUUGUCCAUUUUAUUCAGGUACGGGAGCUUUUUGUGUUGAAAAUCAUGAUUUUUUUGAUUUUCAGCACAAAAUUUCAGCCAGGAGCCGCUUCGCGGAAGCUUGCGGUUUACACUCGCGCAAAGCGCUCGAAAAAGUUUCCCGGCGGAAAUUUUGUGCUGAAAAUCAUGAAAAGCUCCAAUUUCAGCGAUUUUCAGCUUUUUCCCCAGUUUCAGCAUAAAAUUUCAGCCAAAACCAAGCUUUGGCCGCUGAAGCGGAAGAUUGUGCCGCUUCGCGGAAGCUUGCGGUUUACACUCGCGCAAAGCGCUCGGAAAAAUUUUCCCCGCUGAAAUUUUGUGCUGAAAAUCAUGGAAACCUUCAUUUUCAGCGAUUUUCAGCUAUUUUUCCAGUUUCAGCACAAAAUUUCAGCCAGGAAACUUUUUGGGAUGAAAAAAUUUGAAUUUUUUGAAAAAAUUAAUUUCAGGUUGAAAAUAUAUUUCUAGAUCAGAAUUUUGUGCUGAAAAUCAAGGAAAAGCUGAAAAUGAAUAAUUCCAUGAUUUUCAGCGCAAAAUUCUGAUAUAGAACAAUAUUUUCAACCUGAAAUAAAUUUUUUUCAAAAAAUUCCAGAUUUUUUCAACCAAAAAAGUUUCCCGGCUGAAAUUUUGUGCUGAAACUGAAAAAAUAGCUGAAAAUCUCUGAAAAUCAUGAUUUCCAGCUCAACUCUCGUCCUUCUCGUUGUCCUAUUUUUGGGACAAUUUCUGGAAACUCUUACCAAUGUGUGUUCUGGCUGCAAUAAUUUGUGUAGCACUUCAGGGAAUGUUCCGGAAGUUUGCCGAUCUUGUCGACUUGUGGAAAGUCUCGAAAAUCGAUUUUGUGAGUAAAUUGCCACGUGGAACGGUUUUUGGCGCGAAAAAUGACGCAUUUUGACACCCCACAAGCCUAGGGUGUCAAAAAAUUGCGAAUUUUUUGAAUUUUUCAAAUUUCCCGCCAAAAAAUCAGCGCCACGUGGAAAAAUAUCGAUUUUUCGAUUUUUGCAGAUGAUUUGGAUCAUUGCAUUCCUCUCCACUGUUUUGAUCGAUGUUUCGGAGGGAUUGAUAAUUUCGGUGGCUUUUGCUCUUUUUACUACAGUACUUCGGGAGCAGUAGUGAGUUUUUGGGGUCCGAAAAUCAAUGCCACGUGGCGAAAAUCAAGUUGGUCCGAAAAUUUGGAGCAUUUUGAGCCCAAACAUGCCAGGGGGAUUUUGAAAACGAGGUUUCCGCGAGCUUCCGCAAGCUUCCGCGAAGCUCGAGCGCUCCGCGCGAGUGUAGACCGCAAGCUUCCACGAGGCGGCCAAGUCUUUUAACGAGCGAUGCGGAAUUUUCCGCGUACGCGGAAGCUUGCGGAAGGUUGCGGAAAAAACAUUUCAGGCAUGUGGGGUAUCAAAAAAUCGCAAAUUUUCCGGAAAAUCUGAAAUUUUCAGCCCAAAAUGGCACAUUCUCGCCAGCGUCAAAGGAACACCGGAUUUCCGCGAUUCGGAAAGAUACGGUGACACGAUGUAUUUCAAAGGUAUUUGCAUAUUUCGAUUCGAUGCUCCACUUUUAUUUCACAAUGUUGAGUGUUUCAAAAAAUCGAUCGAAAAAGCGUAUUUGGAAUGGCAAAAAUCGCAUGAAUUUUAUGUUUUGAGAGAGGAAAAAUUGAUGGGAGCAGAAAAUGAGGAGGAAUCGACGAUUGAAAAGGUGCAAAAUUUGGAGCAUUUUGAGACCAAAUAUGUCUAGGGUUACUGUAGAUCAGUUUUGGCGCGAAAAAUCCACGUUUUUUGACACCAAACAUGUCACGUGGAAUUUUUGGCGCCAAAAAUUAUUCUAGAUUGAAAUUUUACGCUGAAAACCAUGAAAAUUUUCGUUUUCACCGAUUUUCAGCUAUUUUUCCAGUUUCAGCACAAAAUUUCAACCCGAAAACUUUUUUUGACCGAAAAAAUCUGAAAUUUUUGAAAAAUUAUUAAUUUCAGAUUGAAAUAUGUUUCUAGAUCAGAAUUUUCUGCUGAAACUCAUUAAAUACUUGAUUUUCGGUGAUUUUCAGCAUUUUCACGAGAUUCAGCACAAAAUUCUGAUCUAGAAACAUGUUUUCAACCGGAAAUAAAUUUUUUUUUUAAAUUCCCGAAUUUUUCAACCAAAAUAGUUUCCUGGCUGGAAUUUUGUGCUGAAACUGGAAAAAUAGCUUAAAAUCACUGAAAAUCAGGCUUUUCGUAAUUUUCAGCGCCAAAUUCUGAUCUAGAAACAUUUUUUCAACCUGAAAUCAAGUUUCGUUCAAAACUUUCAGAUUUUUUCAAUCAAAAAAGUUUCCUAGCUGAAAUUUUUUGCUGAAAAUCGCUGAAAAUCAAGAUUUCCAUGAUUUUCAGCACAAAAUUCUAGUCUAGAAACAUGUUUUGAACCAAAAAAAUCAGAGAUUUUUGAAAAAUUUUACAAUUUUCCCCCAAAAAUACCCUAAAACUCACCAAAAAUCCUGAUUUCUCCAUCAAAUUCCCUCACAGAACAUCGACACAAUCUGCUCCAACAUUCUAUCACGUCAUUUCAUCAUCGAUUGUUCCGGUUUCACAUUUAUCGAUUUAAUGGGAGUCAGUGCUCUCAAAGAAAUCUUCUCCGACAUGAGAAAACGUGGCAUUUUGGUGUAUUUUGCGAAUGCAAAAGCGCCCGUUCGAGAAUUAUUCGAUAAAUGUGAUUUCUAUCAAUUUGUGCCCAAAGACAAUUUUUAUCCGACGUUGAGAGAUGCGACUGCGAUUGCAAGGCAACGACAAAUGGAAUUGGGAUUUAAAGACACCGGAUAUAUUCCUGAACAUGAUAGGUUUACUGAAGUUGUUUCAUCUCAUCCCAUGUAA